ACUAGGUAGCAUCCUUUCUGAUUUUUGUUGUACAAAUUACAACAGCUAUUUUUACCGAAAAACCCUAAGUAAGCCCGCGUUGCCGCGUAGGGUUUAAAAAAGCUCGGAGGGGGGAGCAGGUUGAGGCCUUGAGGGAGAUCAAAUGAUCAAUCUCUAGUUCUCUGUAUCUAUCAGUCGUUUUUCUCAGAACACCGAAGCUGUAGGCCUUCGGCGUCAUUUUUGUUUGCUCGUUAGGUUUCGAAGUUGCAGAAGAAGAGACAGAAGGAUUAGCAGAAAUGGUCGCUCCAAAGCUGCUGCUAUCGACCAUUGAGUCCGCCCUCCUCGGCCCUUCGCCUCCAACGCCUAGCCAGAGGAUUGAGCUCAUGCAUGCUAUUCGAAACUCUGUAUCCUCUUUCCAGUCACUCCUCUCUUAUGCGCCUCCAAAUGCGUCCGAUCGUUCACAAGUUCAGUCGAAAGAAGUCAGACUUCCUGAUUCGCAACCAAUCACGCUUGAUGAUCAAGACGCUCAGAUUGCUCUUAAGUUGAGUGAUGAUCUACAUCUUAAUGAAGUAGAUAGUGUUCGUUUGCUUAUAUCUGCCAACCAAGAGUGGGGUUUAUUAGGGCGAGAGCCAUUGGAAAUUUUGCGACUUGCAGCAGGGCUUUGGUACACAGAGAGAAGAGGUUUGAUAACAGCCCUCUACACUCUUUUACGGGCUGUUGUUCUUGACCAGGGACUUGAAGCUGAUCUUGUGGCUGACAUUCAGCAAUAUCUGGAAGAUCUCAUAAAUGCUGGGCUCAGACAACGUUUAGUUGCUCUUAUAAAGGAGCUCAAUCGGGAAGAACCAGCUGGUUUGGGUGGGCCUCAUGUGGAGUGCUAUGUUCUGGAUUCUAAAGGGGCUCUUGUGGAACGGCGAGCUGUAGUUUGGCGGGAAAGGCUCAUCCUUGGCCAUUGCCUUGUCCUAUCUGUCCUAGUUGUGCGGAUACGACCAAAAGAUGUGAAGGAUGUCUUCUCUGUCUUGAAAGAUAGUUCUGCUGAUGUUAAUGAUAGCAGUACCACUGUAAAACUUCAGAUUGCUUUCAGUCUUCUGUUUUCUCUUGUAAUCGGUUUGAUAUCAGAUGCACUAAGCUCAGUUCCAGAUAGAGCUUCUGUCCUGUCCCGUGAUGCUUCUUUCAGACGUGAAUUUCAGGAACUUGUGAUAUCUACUGGAACUGAUCCAAAUAUUGAGGGGUUUGUUGAUGGAGUAAGAUUUGCAUGGACUGUUCAUUUGAUGUUAACACAAGAUGGAAUUAUUGCAAGUGAAACAGUUUCAGGUGUUUCAUCCAGUGACUUGGGAAAUCUGUACUCUUGCUUGGAUGUCAUUUGCUCAAACAAUGUUUUCCAGUUUCUUCUGGAUAAAAUUCUCCGAACAGCAGCCUACCAGAAUGAUGAUGAGGAUAUGAUCUAUAUGUAUAAUGCUUAUCUUCACAAGCUGAUGACAUGCUUCCUUUCUCAUCAGUUUGCCAGAGACAAGGUGAAAGAAAUGAAGGAGAAGGCUAUGAGUGCACUUAGCCCUUACCUCGUGGCUGGAUCACAUGAUCUCAGACAUGGCACUGAUGCGAAUUCUCAAGAGACCAUUGAAAGUAGUCCCCAACCAUUUGUCUCUCUUUUGGAAUUGGUUAGCGAAAUCUAUCAGAAGGAACCGGAGCUGUUGUCCAACAAUGAAGUCUUGUGGACAUUUGUAAACUUUGCUGGAGAGGAUCAUACUAAUUUUCAAACCCUUGUAGCUUUCUUGAAAAUGCUCAGUGCCUUGGCUUCCACUCAGGAGGGUGCUUCCAAAGUUUAUGAGCUACUACAGGGUAAAACCUUCCGCUCUGUUGGAUGGAGUACCCUGUUUGAUUGCUUGUCAAUUUAUGAACAGAAGUUCAAACAAUCCCUUCAGAGUACUGGAGCUGUAUUACCCGAGUUUCAGGAGGGUGAUGCAAAAGCACUUGUUGCGUAUUUGUUCGUUCUUCAAAAGGUUGUGGAAAAUGGGAACCCCAUUGAACGGAAGAACUGGUUUCCAGAUAUUGAACCAUUAUUCAAGCUUCUUAGUUAUGAGAACGUCCCUCCUUAUGUGAAGGGCGCAUUGCGGAAUGCCAUAGCUGCUUUCAUUCAAGUCUCUCCUGUCAUGAAGGAUACUAUUUGGAGUUACCUUGAGCAGUAUGACCUACCUGUGGUUGUUGGUCCUUCUGUCUUAAAUGGUGCACAGCAAGUGGCUAUGCAGGUCUAUGAUAUGCGAUUUGAGUUAAAUGAAGUAGAAGCAAGGAGAGAGAGAUACCCUUCCACUAUAUCUUUCCUAAACUUGUUAAAUGCUCUUAUUGCAGAAGAAAGAGAUCUAAGUGAUAGAGGCCGAAGAUUCAUGGGCAUCUUCAGGUUUGUGUAUGAUCAUGUGUUUGGACCUUUUCCUCAAAGAGCAUAUGCAGAUCCUAGUGAGAAAUGGCAGUUGGUUGUUGCUUGCCUUCAGCACUUUCGAAUGAUUCUGGGCAUGUACGAUAUCAAGGAUGAGGAUAUAGAUGCUGUUGUUGACCGAUCCCAGCCUCCAACUGUGUCACAGUCUACCCCACUUGAAAUGCAGCUCCCUGUUGUAGAGUUGCUGAAAGAUUUCAUGAGUGGUAAAACAGUUUUCCGCAAUGUUAUGGGGAUUCUUUUGCCGGGAGUCAAUUCCAUCAUCAGUGACCGAUCUGGUAAAAUUUAUGGUCAACUUUUGGAAAAGGCAGUUCAUCUCUCUUUGGAAAUCCUAAUCCUUGUUUUUUCGAAGGAUUUAUUUCUCUCUGAUUAUUGGCGCCCUUUAUACCAGCCUUUGGAUAUCAUACUCUCUCAGGAUCAGAGCCAAAUAGUGGCUUUAUUGGAGUAUGUAAGAUAUGAUUUUCAUCCACAGAUUCAGCAAUGUUCUAUUAAGAUGAUGAAUAUUUUAAGUUCUCGCAUGGUUGGGCUAGUGCAGUUAUUGCUAAAAUCAAAUGCUGCUAACAGUCUAGUUGAGGAUUAUGCUGCUUGCCUAGAAUUUCGUUCAGAAGAGUGUCAGGUCAUAGAGAACUCCAGAGAUGAUGCUGGUGUUCUUAUAAUACAGCUUCUCAUUGAUAAUAUAAAUCGGCCAGCCCCAAAUAUUACUCAUUUACUACUCAAGUUUGAUUUGGAUUCACCUGUGGAGCAUACAGUACUGCAACCAAAAUUUCAUUACAGUUGCUUAAAGGUUAUUCUUGAUAUCUUGGAAAAUCUUUCAAAACCAGACAUUAAUGCAUUGCUGCAUGAAUUUGGUUUUCAGCUCUUGUAUGAAUUGUUCUUGGAUCCAUUGACUGGUGGUCCUACAAUGGAUCUGUUGAGCAAUAAAAAGUAUCAGUUCUUUGUGAAGCACUUGGAGACAAUAGGUGUUGCUCCUCUUCCUAAAAGAAAUAUUAACCAGGUCCUACGUAUUAGUUCGCUCCAUCAGAGAGCAUGGCUCUUGAAACUUUUGGCAUUGGAGUUGCAUGCUGCUGACAUGACUAGUACACACAGAGAAGCAUGUCUGAGUAUUCUUUCUAAGAUUUUUGUCUGGGAUAAUAGGGAAUUUGGGCCACAUGCCAAUACAUUUCAUCCUCUUCCCUUUCACUUAAAUCUUGAUGGAAGCAGAACUAUCAAUAGGAGGAAGGUGUUGGAGCUACUUGAAGUUGUCCAAUUCCGAUCUCCUGACACUACCAUGAAGUACUCACAAGUAGUUUCCAAUUUAAAAUAUGACUUGAAGGUUGAAGAGAUACUUACAAAUCCUGCAACCUCAGACAAUGGGGGUGUUUAUUAUUACUCAGAGCGUGGUGAUCGCUUGAUUGACCUUCCUACAUUCCGUGACAAGCUGUGGCAGAAGUGCAACUUUGUUAAUCCCCAGUUGAGCUCCUUUGGCAGUGAAGUUGAAGUUAGUGAUCUAAGAGAGACUAUCCCUCAGUUGCUGAGGUGGGGAUGGAGAUACAAUAAAAACCUUGAGGAACAAGCUGCCCAACUUCAUAUGUUAACUGGCUGGUCUCAGAUUGUGGAGGUUUCUGUAUCUCAAAGGAUGUCAUGUUUUGAAAACCGAUCUGAAAUUCUGUUCGAGGUACUUGAUGCCUCUCUGAGUGCAUCUGCAUCUCCUGACUGUUCUUUAAAAAUGGCAAUAAUAUUGAGUCAGGUUGCACUCACAUGCAUGGCCAAACUACGGGAUGAGAGAUUCUUAUGCCCUGCUGGUGUGAAUUCUGACAAUGUCACGUGUCUUGAUAUUAUCUUAGUAAAACAAUUACCAAAUGGAGCUUGCCAGUCCAUAUUACUAAAGCUUAUCAUGGCAAUUCUAAGACAUGAAUCAUCAGAAGUCCUGAGAAGGCGCCAAUAUGCGCUACUUUUGAGCUACUUCCAGUAUUGUCGACAUAUGCUUGAUCCAGAUGUCCCAGCAUCCGUACUGCAGUUUUUGCUACAUGAAGAGCAAGUUGGAGAAGAGGAUCUAGAUCUCCAGAAGAUUGACAAAGAACAGGCUGAGUUAGCACAGAAUAAUUUUUCUAUACUAAGGAAAGAGGCUCAGGCUAUCCUGGAUCUGGAUGGUUGGCGAUCAUUGGAUUCAUUGCAGCGAGUGUGCACUCUUGAGGCUGAAUUUGCUCUGCUCCUGAGAAUUAGUCACAACUAUGGGAAACCUGGUGCACAGGUUCUAUUUUCCAUGGGUGCCUUGGAACACCUUUCUUCAUGCAGGAUUACUGGUCUGCCAAUGAAGGGAAGUUUUAGGGGGGCUGACACUAAGGCUGGCCGAGAUAUAGCUGUAGAGAUUGAUAAGCAACGAAUGGUUAUAGUGCCGAUUUUGAGAUUGGUUUCUUCGUUGACGUCAUUGGUGGAUACAUCUGAUUUCUUUGAGGUGAAGAAUAAAGUUGUCCGCGAGGUCAUAGAUUUUGUCAAGGGACAUCAGUCGCUCUUUGAUCAACUUCUUAGGGAAAAUGUUUCUCAAUCUGACGAGUUGACUUUGGAGCAAAUUAAUCUUGUUGUUGGUAUACUUAGCAAGGUUUGGCCAUAUGAGGAGAGUGAUGAAUAUGGUUUCAUUCAAGGGCUUUUUGGCAUGAUGCGUGUUCUUUUUUCUCGUGAUGCCGAGUCCUUCAGUUUUUCCCAAUCAGUACGACCCCUUGAGGACCAAAGGAAGUUAGAGUUGAUCUUGUUUCGGCUAUGCUUUAGUCUGGGCUCUUACCUUUAUUUUCUGGUUACAAAGAAGUCCCUCCGGCUUCAGGUCUUGGAUUCUAGUGAUCUUCAUGUGUCUGCUGGACAGCAACAGCCCACAUUGAGUUCACUUGUUUGUCUUCUUAAUUCUGUAACAAUGGCUCUUGAGAGAGCUGCUGAGGAAAAAUCCUUACUGUUGAACAAGAUUCAAGACAUUAAUGAACUAUCAAGGCAGGAGGUUGAUGAAAUUAUUAAUAUAUGCACACGACAAAAUUGUGUCUCGUCAUCUGACAAUAUUCAGAAAAGGAGGUACAUUGCAAUGGUAGAAAUGUGCCAGGUUGCUGGCAAUAGGGAUCAGCUUAUUUCACUACUCCUUCCGCUUGCAGAGCAUGUUCUCAAUAUUAUUCUUAUCCAUUUCCGGGACAGGGAAACUACAAGAUUGAUUAUGCACAGUUCAUGUGAUGAAUCCAGACAGGACACAUCCUUGUUAUGCGCGAAGUUACUUCCAAUUAUAGAGAGACUUGAAUCACUAAGUGAGGGUAAAACGGGCCACAAUCUGAAGGUGUUCCGUAGAUUAGUGACUUCACUCAAGGAAGUGACGAUUCCACAUUUGUCUCUCUGAGGGAAAUUUAUUGACAUAUGACUUCGAGGUGAACCUGAGGUCGCAUAAAGUUGACACAGUUUUGUAAAUCUGUAUCAUUAGCAAGUGCAAAAUGCUGGUAUGUACCCUAGAGGUUGUAUAUAUAUGCAGCUUGAAAAUUUCUCGGUUUUAAUUUAUGCAAUGCAUUUUAGUUGAAAACCAUAAGAAACUCAUAUUUGCCAUUGUAUGAUUGAUGACCUCAAAUUAUUUUCAUGCUUCCUGUUUCUCC